AUAAUUCAGAAAACUAUUUAAUUGAAUUGGAUCAAAUUGAAGAAGAAGAAGACUGUGUUAUUGAUCUAGUAGAUAAAAACAAGGAAAAUGAAGAAAAUAUUGCAACAUUUAGUAUACCUUACAUAAAUACUGAAAGAAGUUAUUUAAUCAGAGAAAAUGAAACUGAGAUGAUAAGUGUUCUAUUGUGCUAG